GCUAAACAGUAUAGUUCCCGUUUCGUCAACCGAAUUUGGAUUUGUCUGCGAAUGUGAUUUUUCCAGAAUUAUUUAAUUUUUGUUCUCUUAUACUAAAAUUAUCGGUCCAGUAUUUUGAUAAACUUAGCUACUUUGGUCAAAGAGAUUCUAUCCAAAUUAAAAGCUUUAAUCUUAUUUGGUUCAUUUUUGUUUUUAGUUGAAGAUAUUUAUUGGAGGGUGUAGAUUUGCAGUCUUAUGGCAUCCAAGUUAUGUAAAUGUUUUCAAAGAAAGCUCAUCUAGUUUUUCGAGUAGCUUUGCUAAAUCUUAUUUUCCCUGCACACAUGGCUUGGCGUUCUCAUGGAAAAAAUAAUGCAGAACUUAUUCUAAAUUUAAAAAGGAAUGGCAUCAUUAAAGAUCCUAAAGUUGAGCGUGUUAUGAUGUCAGUUGACAGAGGAAAUUAUUGCAAAAACAAUCCAUAUGCUGACUCUCCACAAGGCAUAGGCUAUGCUGUUACUAUCAGUGCUCCACAUAUGCAUGCUCACGCUUUAGAAUUAUUGAAGGACAACUUGUAUGAAGGAGCAAGGGCCUUGGAUGUUGGUUCUGGAAGUGGCUACCUUACUGCUUGUAUGGCUUUGAUGGUAGGUGAGCAAGGCUUGGCAGUAGGAAUUGAUCAUAUUGAUCAGUUAGUUAAUAUGUCAAUUGAAAAUGUUAAGAAAGACCAGCCUGGUCUUUUGGAAAGUGGAAGAUUAAAAUUAAUUGUUGGUGAUGGUCGACUUGGAUACCCUGAUGAUGCUCCUUAUGAUGCUAUCCAUGUUGGUGCAGCAGCUCCUGAAUUACCCCAAGAGUUAGUGAAUCAGUUAAAAAUUGGUGGCAAACUAAUUGUUCCUGUUGGCAGAGAAGGUCACAAUCAGAUGUUAGAACAAGUAGAAAAACUUCCUGAUGGAACAGUUAGGAAAACUUCUCUUAUGGGAGUUGUGUAUGUUCCCUUGACAGAUAAAGAAGCACAGUGGCCUGGAAGAUCUACUUCUUUUUAAAUGAAAAGACUUGUCUAAAUUGCUAAAGCACUGAUUUAUUUAUCACAGAAAUUUAAUUUGGAAUAAUAAUGGUUAAGGGAAUUAUAAGAAUAUUAAAAGAAACGGUCCAGUUCACACCAGUGCUUUAUGGGACGGUCAAAUGAGUUAUAGUGGCCUUCCAGUCUUUAAUAAUGGAUUUUUCUGCCAAGCCCUGCAAAUAUCCCACUCAAAUUACACUUCUCAAUGCCUAGAGAAACCAGUGAUAGAUUUUUUGUAAAUAAAGUUAUACUACCAUAUCCAGAAAAAUCCAAAUAAUAUGUACUGCUUCUGCAGCUUACCUCUAUCUUUGAUACUAAUUCAUGAAGCUGAAGCAUAUACAGAAUCGAAUUUGAUUGUCAGCAAUUGACCUGCAGAUGCCAAUACAAGCCAACAGUGAAUGAAUCUAUGAUGCUUCAACUGAUUUAAUUGUUAACCAAAUGUGUUAAAUACUUUUUUGUAUGUACAAACUAACUUUAGAUCCUGCACUGUCACAGAACAUGCCUGUUAGUUUGUUUUACUCAAUGGAAUGUUCAUAUUUUGAUGUUGGUAAAUUUAUUGCUGUUAAUUAUCGGGCAUGAAAAUGAUUUGUUCAUGACCGUGAAUAAGUCUUAUUAAAUUGUUUCUGAAUGUG